GUAGCAACCAUGAAGCGGAUCACGUCGAAGCUGCACUUUCUCGCGGUCUUGCUCGUCAUCUUGCUGCUCCUGCCCUCGGCUGCCAUGGCCGCCGUAGCCAAGGCCAUCGACGGAAGCAAGACCCAGCGACUGCAGCUGCCCGACGAUCUGGUCGGCCCUGAGAGCGUCGCGUUCGACGCGCACGGUGCCGGGCCCUAUGUCAGCAUCUCGGACGGCCGCGUCCUCAAGUAUGGCGGCGAAGGUGUCGGGUGGAAGACGUUCGCGUACAGCCCCAGCUACACCAAGAACAAGUGCGACGAGUUCUCUGAGCUUCCGGCAGUCGCCACGGAGAGCUCAUGCGGCCGACCGCUUGGGCUGCGGUUCCACAACAACUCCGGGAACCUCUACAUAGCCGAUGCGUACAUGGGGCUGAUGCGCGUCGGGCCAAAUGGCGGGGAGGCGACGGUGCUGGCGACGGAGGCGGGUGGUGCGCCACUGCGCUUCACGAACGGCGUGGAUAUCGACCAGGUUACGGGUGACGUCUACUUUACCGACAGCAGCAAGACGUACACACGGGCGCAACAUCAGAUGGUCACCACAUCUGGAGACUCGACGGGGCGUAUCAUGAAAUAUGACCCACGGACUAACAAGGUCACCGUGCUUCAGUCCGGAGUGACGUACCCCAACGGCAUUGCCAUCAGCGCCGAUAGGACCCACCUUGUGGUCGCGCUUACGGGACCAUGCAAGCUAAUGAAGUAUUGGAUCCGAGGGUCUAAGGCCAACACAUCUGAGCCGUUUGCUGACCUCCCAGGAUACCCGGACAAUGUGAGGCCCGAUGGGAAGGGAGGAUACUGGGUAGCAUUGCAUCGCGAGAAGUACGAACUUCCAUUUGGUUUGGACAAACAUUUACUCGCUAUUAGGAUCGGCGCUGACGGUGAAAAGCUGCAAGAGAUGAAGGGACCCAAGAACGUGAGACCGACCGAGGUGGUGGAAAGACAGGACGGCAAAAUAUAUCUUGGAUCGGUAGAGUUGUCAUACGUCGGCAUCGUUGGCACGUAG